AGCUUUCCUGCAACCAACCAAGCGAUCACAUCACAUACUUGUUCCCAGACCGCACUGCAACACUCGCUUGUCUCUCUGUCUUCUCUCCCUCCCCGCGUACUACGUCAGAGGCCUCCCGCCUCCCCGCCGGCAAGUCUCGUCUCCUUGCGAAGAAGCAUCCCCGUCUCCCCGCCUCUUCUUCUCGACGAGGACCAUGGACGGCAAGAAGCCCAAGAUCCCGGCUGACGUCCGGCGGGCCAGCCAGUGGGCGCUCGUCAACGCCUCCUUCCACCUCUUCUCCUUCUUCGCCGUGCGCCCGUCCGCCGCCUAUGCCGUCGCCCGCUACGAGGCCACGUGCAGCGAGUGCGUGGCGCUGACGGACAAGCUGAGCGGCCUCUGGCUCGUGAUGCUGUGGUGCGCCGCAGCCCAGGCGGCCGCCGCGGGGCUGGCGCUGAUGCUCCCGUGCCGCGACAACGCCAACCUCGCGCUCAGGGUCACCAUCGUCGGGCACUACAUGUACGCCGUCGCCGUCCGCCUCCUCCUCGAAGCCGACCCAGGAUUCCUCUUGGGCUGGAUCGUCGGCCCCGCGAGCAUCGUCGUCUUCGCGGGCGCCGACUUCGUCUGCUUCCGUGACCUCCUCCAGCUGGGAGAUGAGGACUGAAUGACUGAUGAACAGGGUGUUCAUCUAGCUGCGCCUGUAGGGGGUCAUCUCAUGAGAGGAGUCGAGGACUGACUCAUCACUGGUGAGUAUGUGUCAAUCUAGUACGUAGUAGUGGUGUAGUUCAUUGUUAAUUGGAGCGACAUAGAGAUCUCCUUAGCUAGUACUACAUGGCACUUGAUCGACUGUAUAGCCUUGGCUGUGGUCGUCUUGAUUUGAUGCACUUAAUUGGAGUAACUUUCCUCUGUAGUAAGUACUAUGAUGAGACAUGCAUGAGAGUACGUUAUAUCCAGCUUCCGGACGGUUAA